CAGGACACCACUGAAUUCAUUGACUUUCCUCAUUAUGGGGAGACAGAGAGCCCCUGCGUCCAAGCUACACAGGCACUGUGAGAGCUGCUACAGCCGGCGCUGCAAGGCCCCCGUGGAGAUCUCCGUCUCCUGCGUGGUCAUCAGCUGCCGGACGCUCUGCGGCGCGACCUUUCACCUGUGCAAGGAGGAGGAGCAUGCGCUCCUGUGCCCAAACGAGAUGGUGCCCUGCCUCAACGCGCACUACGGCUGCCCCUUCACCAUGUGCCGCUCCAGACUGGCACAGCACCUGACGGUGUGCCCGGCCAGCGUGGUCUCCUGCUCCAUGGAGUGGAACCGCUGGCCCGUGGAGGAGAUGCACCUGGCGUUCUACGAGAACAUCCUGAACGAGACGUACGCCGAGGAGCCGCUGGACAUGGCGAUGGCUCUGAGAGACCAGCGCCACUUGUUCCAGUCCCUGAAGAUGAAGAAGCUCUUCCCCGAGCUGACGGAGAAGGUGGAGGAGCCGGAGCCGGAGCCUCCGGUGAAGGAGCCGGAGGGGGCGGUCGGAGGGUCGCCCGAGGCAAACGGAGAGGUGUGCGGGGCAGUUGGCGGGGCCUGUGGGGCUGUUGGCGGGGCCGCUGCAGACCCUACACAUAAAGACGGAGCCCUUGAUGGGGCUUUUGAGGAAGACGAGCUCACUGAGGAGGAGCGUCAGGCCUUGAUAAGAGGCUCUAGGGUGGACACCUCCAACUAUAACGUCUGGGAGAGAAUGUUUAGUAUGGAACUGAGUGGCUGUAAGCAAACGAUCAAAUCUUUGGGAAACACUCCCGCUCCAGCCAAAAAGAGACAUGGACAGAGCAAUGGCUUAGAGACACUGGAAGAAGAAGAACCUGGGGCGAGCUUGAACAACGGAUCUGCGGGAAGCAUCUCUGAAGCUCAACACGCGGAGAACAUGAGCGACAUGGAUGAGGAGAGGUUUUUGGUGGCGUCGUGUAUGUACGCAUGCCAAACUAAUCCCGCAAAGAAGCGUUUGUAUGCAGAAAGGAAACGCAAGGAGAUCAAAACAGUCAAACCCUUCAUAAUCCCCUCCUCCUUCAAAGCCAGGUCCAGCCGUGUCCGAAAUCCCUCCAUGCAUAAAAAGAUCAGUGUGUCUGUGGACACCUCUGACCUGGGAGUGGACAUGGAUGACAUCUCAAGCUGGGAUGAGAUCCAAGCAACUCUGUUAUGCUCCCUGGAAAGUGAGCACAGGGGUCACCUAAUAGCCGAGUCCACUUCUUUCGACGCGCUGUUUGUCGAUAUCGGGACUCAGACGUACGAUUUUCUCUCUGCCCCAUUCCAACAAAACGACUCCCUGGCGGACAUCACCGCAGAGCGGGAGCCGAAGAUCCACGUUCAGAUCGAGGCCGAGAGCGUGACGGCGAAGCACAACAAGUGCAGCUCGGCCUUCACCUUCCUGUGCAGCCACGUCUUCCGCCGCGACGAGUACGGGCCCCACUUCCGCAACGUGCACGCCGACAUCCAGUGCCACGCCAGCGGCUGGCACGAGCAGCGAUGCCCGCUGGCCUACCUGGGCUGCACCUUCAUCCAGCGGAGGCUCCGUCCGGCCUCGCAGGCGGCCACCGUGUCCUACAACAAGGACCUGAGCGCGUUCACGCUGAGGCCCGAGGUGGCGGGCGCGCUCUACGAGGGCGUGAAGAGCGCGACGUCGGAGCGGGCGCGGGCGCGGAACCUGGACUCGCUCAGCAGACUGCCCUUCGAGGUCCUGGUGCACAUGGCCCGGUACCUGGACAGCUUCUCCCUGUCGCAGCUGGCCCUCGUGUCCAGGUACAUGCGGGAGGUCAGCGGCACUCUGCUGUACGACAGGGGCAUCGUCUCCCUCAAGUGGGAGAAGAAGAUCUACUCGCAUGGCGGCUUCUGCUGGAGGUCAAAGAAGACGGUGUGGCAGUUCAGCAACAGUUUCUCCCCUGUGGAUGGCUGGUGUUUUGACAGAUGCCCUUCCAUGUCUGAGCACCUGAAAGUUUGCCCAUACUACGUAACAGAGUCUAAGAGUGACCCUGUGCCUCUCACUGGCAUAUUUGAUGCUGAAGAAGAAAUGGAUAGAACUCAGAAUCUGGUCUCUAUGUUCUCGAGAAAGAAAUGAAGUUGAUAUACUGUAGCUGUAUGUCAACAUUGGUGACAUUGCAACAUGUUCUUCUGUUUUUUUGUUUUCCAGUAACCACUUUCAGUAACCACCCAAGGCUGUUUUUCAUUAAUGUUAUAUACACUACACUGUGCAUGUUAUUUAAUGUUUAAAGAUUCACAAAUUCAUCAUAUAAUUUUGAUGAAACAUUUCAGUGUUUGUGUUGCAACAUUUGUCACACAACGGUUACAAGUCUCUUUAUUAAAAAUGCUGAAA